AUUCACGAAAAAAAACCCUCUAGAAAUAUGACAUACUUUAAUCAAAUCUUGAUUCAUGUGGCAGACAUCGCCUGGUGAGCUGUUUUCUUGAAUAAAUUUGGAAUUUCUCGGCGGUUUCGCUUCUCGUCAGAUAUGUUGUUUUCGUCGCCAUUUCAAAAUGGCGGGCAAGCUAGAUUGACCUUGGAGGUCACGGAAUAUUCCAUUGAUAACAGGGCCGUCGACAACUGUAUACAUUUAUUUUUAAACGCUAUGAUCGGUAUACGCUAUCGUAUUAGGAACGUAAAAGCACCUUCAUGUUUCUUUAUUAAAAGCAACAUUUGUUUUUUUAUUCAUUAUGUUUCAUUUGUGCCAUGAAUAGCGCGCACCGAGCCUUCAGUGUCCCUUCAUUCAGAGUGGGUUUGUUGUUGUUUUCCAAGCGACGCCAUUUUUUUUUUCGGCCCGGAGAAGACAGACAAAAACGCAAGCGAUUUUCUUUGACAUAAAGGGCAUAAUUUUAGGUUAAAUGUCCCUUUCAUCGCCACCAAAAAACUUUAUGAUUGUCUGGCUUGCCGUGGCAGUUGUAACCACGCCGUCCACUGCACAUUAAUUGUCUGCAAAAAUUGCCGACGCGGCGUCAGCGCAGCCCAGCUUUGAUCAAGCAAUGGCGUUUGAUCUUUUUUGUUCAGACCACCGGCUCUCUUUCAAAGAAAUCAUGUGCCUACAGACAAUUUUUCCAAGCUGUAUAAAAAGGCAGCUUUCUUGGUCUGGAUUGUCACUUGUCCAUAGACUAUCAUGGCAAUGGCUUCCAACACAUCGUCACCGAAGAGAAAACCUUUAACGCUACAACAACGGGUUGAGGUGCUCCGUGUCCAUGACCAGACCAAGAAGAGUACGCGUAAGUUGGCGGAACAGUUCAACUGUGGGAAGACUCAGAUCGAUGGAAUUCUCAAACGGAAACGGGAAAUCAUGGAGGAGUUUGAGAACAACGCUCCGCUCGACAGGAAAAGGGCGCGGACAACCGGCAACGAGGAGCUGAACAUGCUGUUGUGGGAGUGGUUUAAGGAUGCUACCGCCCGAAAACUGCCGGUAAGUGGCCCUAUGUUGCAAGUCAAGGCGCUGGAGUUUGCCAAGGAACUAGGCAGGGACGAUUUCAAGGCGUCAAAUGGGUGGCUGGGGGCCUUCAGAAAGCGGCACAACAUCAAAUUUGGGACAAUGUCGGGGGAGAAAGGCGAUGUGUCGGAAGAAGUGACCGAGAGCUGGAAGGAGAGACUGCCGCAGAUAUGUGAGGGUUACGAUGCGAGGGACAUUUUCAACAUGGACGAAAGCGGUCUCUACUACCGGGCAUCAACCGACAAGACUCUGUACGCGAAAGGAGAUGACUGUAGUGGGGGGAAGCGUUCAAAAGACAGAGUCACGAUCGCGUACUGUGCCAACCUACUUGGGGAGAAGGAGAAACCCAUCGUGAUAGGGAAGUCGAAAAAUCCACGCUGUUUCAAGAACGUUGACAAGGACAACCUGCCAGUCCACUACUACAACAGCAGAACAGCGUGGAUGACAGGUUUCAUCUUCGAGGACUGGGUCUGUAAGUUCGACAGGAAGCUUGGACGUGCUAAGAGAAAAGCGAUCUUGUUCCUGGAUAAUGCCACCUGCCAUCCAGACCUGAGACUCAAGAACUUAAAACUGGUUUUCUUCCCACCCAACACCACCUCAGUGUUGCAGCCGCUGGAUCAGGGGGUGAUCCAGACAAACAAACUUAAGUACAGGAGGAGACAACUGUCACAUGUGCUUGCCAAGAUGGAUGAGGACAAGACCCUGCAAGGUCCGGAGAUUCUGAAGUCGACCAACGUCCUACAAGCAAUCUACUGGAUCAGCUACGCGUGGAAUGACGUUGAUCCUUCCACUAUUGUCAAAUGCUUCAACAAAGCUGGCUUCACUGUGACCGAACCACAACCUCCCCAGACUGGUGAAAUGGCAGAGGAAGACACCACGCCAGUGAGAGUAGAGACACUGUGUAUGGAACUGUUUGGCUGUGAACUGAGUGAACUGGUUGAGAUCGACAGAGAGCUGGCAACGUGCAACAACGAGAGCAGAAUGGUUGGGACUGCCGCCGAGCUGCUGAGUAACCUCCGACCAUCCACCGAUGAAGCAGAAACCAGCGACGAGGAGGACGAAGCAGCAACAGUCGAACAGCCAGCAAAGCAGGUCAGCCUUAGAGAGGCAGGUUCUUGUGUAGAGACUCUGAAAGAUAUGUGUUUGGGUAGUAACUAUGGCGAGAUGUUAGAUCUGAUCAUGAUGUUUGAGGCCAAACUUGCUGUGAAAUGUGCAGAAAGCCAGCAGUUGGCAAGGCAGUCCACCAUUCAUGAGUUCUUUGGAAAGAA